AUGCGAAACAGCCAAAAGAAAGAAAGUGAGCUCAAACUGACGGCGAUAUGUCCGGCUGGGACGCAAAACAACCCCCCCCGGGCCCACCAACAAAAAAGAAACAGCCAGUCUCCUGUUGCGGGCCCCGCCAGCAGUUCUCCAGCGACGCCACCGCCACCGGUCUCAGUAGACAAGACGGGGCCACGUCCCGGGAGCGCGGAAAAGGCGGAAGCAUCAGCGGCACCGAGAAGAAGACAGCCGUUCGACUGGGGGGGAGUCCGGCCCUGGAAGGUCGCCCUGGGCUGCUUCGCACUCACGGUGCCCACGUACGGCCUUCUGAGCGGCAUCGGCCUGUUCCAGACGUACUGGCACCAGACCGUGCUCGCGGGCCACUCCGAGGCCGACAUCGCCUGGAUCAUCUCCCUGUUCGGCUUCCUCGACUGCCUCCUCGCCGCCCCCGCCGGCGUGAUGCUGGACCGCUACGGCUGCGGUGGUCGCGGAAGCGGGCGGCUGUUGCUGCCGCUUGGGUCUGCCGUCUACGCCGCCGCGUUCGUCGCGCUAGCCUGGUGCCGCACCUACGCGGCCUUCAUGGCCUGCAUGGCGGUGGCCGGGGCUGCUGCUGGUAUGUCCGUGCCGACGACCAUUGCGUUUACCGUUGUCGGCCAGUGGUUCGACAAGCGGAAGGGCAUCGCAACAGGCUGCGUUACCCUGGGGGCGCCCCUAGGCGGCAUCUUCUUCUCCCUGGUGCUGCAGACCCUCUUCGACAGGUACCCCUGGCGGACUGCCGCGCUCGUGCUGGCGGCCGUGUUGGCUGCGUUUCUGUUGCUGGGCAUACUGCUUGUCGAGUCCAACCCAUCGUCCUCUCCCGUCCAGGGGGUGCGCGACCUAGGACAGCAGGCAGCGGGAACGGGACGCUGCCGUCCCCGGGAGAUCCUCCAGAUCCUGAGAUCCCCCAAGUUCUGGCUCAUCAGCUUUGCCCUUUUCGGCACAUCCCAACUGACCCGGCACUUGAAAACCACAGCAUACGAGCUGGUCCUCUUCAUCCAGUGGGGGUCAAUCCCAUCGUAUGCCGUCGCGGCAGAUGUCGGGAACAAGCAGUUCUACUUGAUGAUGUCUUACAACAUUGGCGCCGUUGUGGGCAGGACUGUCCCCCCCUGGCUGUCCGAUCGGCUGCUCGGCCCACUCAACGCCACCAUCGUAAUGAACGGUUUCACCCUCCUCGCCGUGCUGGCAAUAUGGUUACCUCUCGGGGGUUCCUCUGUUGCCGCUCUGUUCGUUGUGGUUGUGCUCAUGGGCAUCGGCACGGGCAGCUUUGUCCCACUCGGCGUCUCGUGCAUCAACGCGCUCUGCAGAAGCGACAACGCCGGAACCUGGCUGGGAUCCGUAUAUAGCAUCGUUUCGUUCGCGACGUUGAUCGGGAACCCGGUAUCGGCCGCCAUCCUCACCCGUUACCACCCCAGCGGCCUAUUGGUUUUCCUCGCCGCGGUGCUGCUGUCGGGGAUGAUCAGCGCGGCCGCCCUCCGGUGGCUGUCCCACGGCCGACGGUGGCUGCUCAAGGCUCGGGUCUGA